UGUCCCCGCCGGUCCCCGCUUCUCGCCGCCUCCUGCCGGGCCAUGGCCACCGGCUCCGGGCUGCGACGCCUCCGGGCCCCGCCGCGCCUCCCUCCUGCUCGCGGCUGCUCGUCCGGGCCCGCGGGCCUCUCGCCGGCGCUGCUGCGGCCCGACGGCUUCGUGGGGGGCCGCUGGGUGCGCCCCGCCGCCGCCUUCCCGGUGCUCGACCCGGCCAGCGGCGCCAGCCUGGGCUCCGUGGCCGACUGCGGGGCGCCCGAGGCCCGCCAGGCCGUGCGCGCCGCCCACGAGGCCUUCGGGCGCUGGAAGCGAGUCGCGGCCAAGGAGAGGAGCUCAUUACUUCGGAAAUGGUAUGAUUUAAUGAUACAAAACAAGGAAGAGCUGGCCAAGAUCAUCACAGCAGAAAGUGGGAAGCCGCUGAAGGAGGCCGAGGGGGAGGUCGUCUACGCUGCCCUCUUCCUGGAGUGGUUCUCGGAGGAGGCCCGGCGCAUCUACGGGGACAUCAUCUACCCUCCCGCCAGGGACCGGAGAGCACUGGUGCUCAAGCAGCCGCUGGGUGUGGCCGCCAUCAUCACCCCGUGGAACUUCCCAAGCGCCAUGAUCACACGGAAAGUGGGCGCUGCGCUGGCUGCCGGCUGCACCGUGGUGGUGAAACCUGCUGAGGACACCCCUUUCUCCGCCCUGGCCCUUGCCGAGCUGGCAAACCAGGCUGGGAUUCCCGCUGGCGUUUACAAUGUGGUCCCCUGCUCACAAAAGAAGGCCAAGGAAGUAGGAGAGGCGCUCUGCACCGAUCCUCUCGUCUCCAAAAUUUCCUUUACUGGCUCCACAGCUACUGGGAAGGUCCUGCUGCAUCACGCAGCCAACUCCGUGAAAAGGGUGUCCAUGGAGCUGGGCGGCAAUGCCCCCUUCAUUGUCUUCGACAGCGCCAAUGUGGAGCAGGCAGUGGCAGGCGCCAUGGCCUCUAAAUUCAGAAACUCCGGGCAGACGUGCGUCUGCUCCAAUCGUUUCCUGGUGCAAAAAGGCAUCCAUGAUUCCUUCGUAAAGAAGUUUGCUGAGGCCAUGAAGGGCCAGCUGCAUGUGGGGAACGGGUUUGAAGAGAGAACCACGCAGGGGCCUCUCAUUAACCAGAGAGCUGUGGAAAAGGUGGAGGCACAGGUGAGCGACGCGGUCUCCAAGGGGGCCACCCUGGUGCUGGGCGGGAAGCGCCACACCCUGGGCCACAACUUCUUCGAGCCCACGCUGCUCAGCAACGUCACCCGAGAUAUGCUGUGCUCCCAGGAGGAGACGUUCGGGCCUCUGGCCCCCGUGAUCAAGUUCAACACGGAGGAGGAGGCAGUGGCGAUUGCCAACGCGACAGAUGUGGGGUUGGCAGGUUAUUUCUACUCCCAGGACCCAGCGCAGAUCUGGCGGGUGGCCGAACAGCUGGAGGUGGGCAUGGUGGGCGUGAACGAAGGCCUCAUCUCCAGCGUUGAGUGCCCUUUUGGGGGCGUCAAGCAGUCAGGCCUGGGCCGCGAGGGCUCCAAGUAUGGCAUCGACGAAUACCUGGAGAUCAAGUAUGUGUGCCUAGGUGGCCUCUAGACCAUGGAUGCUCCCACGGGGUGCUCAAGGCCGACCUGCCUCUCCCUGUUCCCCUCGACGGGAGUCUGGGACUCUCAUCUCGUCUCUUCAAAAGCCUCGACAGACCCUCAUCCUCUCCUCCCCUGACCCAACGAGGGACCAAUUCAUGCC